AGACAGACAGACGGUAUAAUCUCUCUAUCCCUGCUGCUCUCCCUCAGUACAGACCUGCCCCGCCCACUACAGCCUUUUUUGUCAGGCCUGUGUCAGCUGACCAGGAAAGAUAAACUAGGUCAGAGAGCCUCUUUCCAUACCCUCCCUCCCUCCUCUAUCCAGGUCUCUCUGUGUCUGUUCUUCCUUUCACACAGUCAUGCUCCCUGCCCGGUCAUGGUGCUGGUGUAGGUUAAUGUCUGUGUUGCUUCUGCUCGUCCAGUCAAAGGAAGCAACAGACAUGGAACUUUUCAGACAUGGAAAUGGCUCUCCCAAGACUUUCUUUUAGACUGCUGUCAGUCCUAUGAAAUGGUCUUGAGUAAUGCUUUCAGAGUAGUAAAUGAGUGUCCAUGUGGUUUAGAAAGAUUGUGGGGACUAGCAAGAAGAGCAGAGAGGAAAAUGGGAGGAGCCCACAUAAGGAGGCAUACACACACGGUCUCUGAGAGGAAGUUGAUUCUUGUGUCUAACAACAGUAGUGCCACACUCAGAGAGUACUAGUUAGUUUUCCCACGGUGGAUUUUCCUCUGCUCCUCUGGAAUCCAGAUGUUUCUGGUCCUGGUACAAGUCUCGGCCAUGAAUGGCUUCAGUCUGGCCAGGCUUUGCUUUCCUCUGCUAAUCUCUCCCUGUUUGCACGCACUGCUCAUCUCUCCCUUUAAAUGGCUAUAUGAAGCUCCCAUAAACAUGAAUGCAGCAGGAAGCCAGUUGCUCAGCUCAGCCAUAUAUGUAUAUAUUCUUAAAUCCCAUUCCUUACUAGUUUUGUGUGUAUUGGGUAUAUGUUGUGAAAUUGAUAGAUAUUACUGCACUGUCGGAGCUAGAAGCACAAGCAUUUCGCUACACCUGCUAUAACAUCUGCUAAACAAGUGUAUGUGACAAAUACAAUUUGAUUUGAUUUGAAGUAGAUGCAGUAGUGACUCCUAAUGACCGUCUGAAGAAACAUUAUCUAGAUACUACAUUAUCUAUCGACUGUUGUAAACACUCAGGAUGUGGCCAUGGUGUCGUUCUGACGAUAAUAUAACAUUGACAUAGUUCCUGUACAGGGCGAGAGAAGGAUCUCUUGGUCAGAGUAUAUAGCCCUGUCUCCAUCUCAACAUGGAUGGAUGUGGAGACCGUGGGGUCAGGAAAUAGUGUUUGUUAUCAUUGGUUGUGUGAUGUACUGUCACAGACAGUAGUGAACAGCAUAACAAAUAAACUGAUAAGGAGCAGCUUGUUUGUCAAGUUAAUGAGAAGAGAAAAAUGGUUUAUGCAUGUGGUCCCCGCGGCUGUUGCUUAAACAGCAGAGGUCUGGAUAGCAGAUGUUUUUUUAUUGGAGCUUUUACUUUACAUGAACGCAAAUGGGGAGUGUUACGACAUGGCAUAUCAUAUACAGUCGGGAGAACAAGUAUUUGAUACACUGCCGAUUUUGCAGGUUUUCCUACUUUCAAAGCAUGUAGAGGUCUGUAAUUUGUAUCAUAGGUACACUUCAACAAAAAUCCAGAAAAUCACAUUGUAUGAUUUUUAAGUAAUUAAUUUGCAUUUUAUUGCAUGGCAUAAGUAUUUGAUACAUCAGAAAAGCAGAACUUAAUAUUUGGUACAGAAACCUUUGUUUACAAUUACAGAGAUCAUACGUUUCCUGUAGGUCUUGACCAGGUUUGCACACAGCAGCAGGGAUUUUGGCCCACUCCUCCAUACAGACCUUCUCCAGAUCCUUCAGGUUUCGGGGCUGUCGCUGGGCAAUACGGACUUUCAGCUCCCUCCAAAUAUUUUCUAUUGGGUUCAGGUCUGGAGACUGGCUAGACCACUCCAGGACCUUGAGAUGCUUCUUACAGAGCCACUCCUUAGUUGCCCUGGCUGUGUGUUUCGGGUCGUUGUCAUGCUGGAAGACCCAGCCACGACCCAUCUUCAAUGCUCUUACUGAGGGAAGGAGGUUGUUGGCCAAGAUCUCGCGAUACAUGGCCCCAUCCACCCUCCCCUCAAUUUUUAUUUUAUUUUUAUUUAACCUUUAUUUAACCAGGUAAGCCAGUUGAGAACAAGUUCUCAUUUACAACUGCGACCUAGCCAAGAUAAAGCAUAGUAGUGCGAUUAAAAACAACAACACAGAGUUACAUAUGGGGUAAAAAACAUAAAGUCAAAAAUACAACAGAAAAUAUAUAUACAGUGUGUGCAAAUGUAGCAAGUUAUGGAGGUAAGGCAAUAAAUAGGCUAUAGUGCAAAAUAAUUACAAUUAGUAUUAACACUGGAAUGCUAGAUGUGCAAGAGAUUAUGUGCAAAUAGAGAUACUGGGGUGCAAAAGAGCAAAAUAAAUAACAAUAUAGGGAUGAGGUAGUUGGGUGGGCUAAUUUCAGAUGGGCUGUGUACAGGUGCAGUGAUCGGUAAGGUGCUCUGACAACUGAUGCUUAAAGUUAGUGAGGGAGAUAAGUCUCCAGCUUCAGAGAUUUUUGCAAUUCUUUCCAGUCAUUGGCAGCAGAGAACUGGAAGGAAUGGCGGCCAAAGGAGGUGUUGGCUUUGGGAAUGACCAGUGAGAUAUACCUGCUGGAGCGCAGACUACGGGUGGGUGCUGCUAUGGUGACCAAUGAGCUAAGAUAAGGCGGGGAUUUGCCUAGCAGUGAUUUAUAGAUGGCAUGGAGCCAGUGGGUUUGACGACGAACAUGUAGUGAGGACCAGCCAACAAGAGUGUACAGGUCACAGUGGUGGGUAGUGUAUGGGGCUUUGGAGACAAAACGGAUGGCACUGUGAUAGACUACAUCCAAUUUGCUGAGUACAGUGUUGGAGGCUAUUUUGUAAAUGACAUCGCCGAAGUCAAGGAUCGGUAGGAUAGUCAGUUUUACGAGGGCAUGUUUGGCAGCAUGAGUGAAGGAGGCUUUGUUGUGAAAUAGGAAGCCAAUUCUAGAUUUAACUUUGGAUUGGAGAUUCUUAAUGUGAGUCUGGAAGGAGAGUUUACAGUCUAACCAGACACCUAGGUAUUUGUAGUUGUCCACAUACUCUAGGUCAGACCCGUCGAGAGUGGUGAUUCUAGUCGGGUGGGCGGGUGCCAGCAGCGUUCGAUUGAAGAGCAUGCAUUUAGUUUUACUAGUGUUUAAGAGCAGUUGGAGGCUACUGAAGGAGUGUUGUAUGGCAUUGAAGCUCGUUUGGAGGUUUGUUAACAGUGUCCAAUGAAGGGCCAGAUGUAUACAAAAUGGUGUUGUCUGCGUAGAGGUGGAUCUGAGAGUCACCAGCAGCAAGAGCGACAUCAUUGAUAUACACGGAGAAAAAGAGUCAGCCCAAGAAUUGAACCCUGUGGCACCCCCAUAGAGACUGCCAUAGGUCCAGACAACAGGCCCUCCGAUUUGACACACUGAACUCUAUCUGAGAAGUAGUUGGUGAACCAGGCGAGGCAGUCAUUUGAGAAACCAAGGCUAUUUAGUCUGCCAAUAAGAAUGCGGUGGUUGACAGAGUCGAAAGCCUUGGCCAGGUCGAUGAAGACGGCUGCACAGUACUGUCUAUUAUCGAUCGCGGUUAUAAUAUCGUUUAGGACCUUGAGCGUGGCUGAAGUGCACCCAUGACCAGCUCGGAACCGGAUUGCAUAGCGGAGAAGGUACGGUGGGAUUCGAAAUGGUCGGUGAUCUGUUUGUUAACUUGGCUUUCAAAUACUUUCGAAAGGCAGGGCAGGAUGGAUAUAGGUCUGUAACAGUUUGGAUCUAGAGUGUCGCCCCCUUUGAAGAGGGGGAUGACCACGGCAGCUUUCCAAUCUCUGGGGAUCUCAGACGUUACGAAAGAGAGGUUGAACAGACUAGUAAUAGGGGUUGCGACAAUUUCGGCGGCCAGUUUUAGAAAGAAAGGGUCCAGAUUGUCUAGCCCAGCUGAUUUGUAGGGGUCCAGAUUUUGCAGCUCUUUCAGAACAUCAGCUGUCUGAAUUUGUGUGAAGGAGAAGCGGGGGGGGGCAUGGGCAAGUUGCAGCGGAGGGUGCAGAGUUGGUGGCCGGGGUAGUGGUAGCCAGGUGGAAAGCAUGGCCAGCCGUAGCAAAAUGCUUGUUGAAGACCACAAUACGGUGCAGUCGUCCUGUCCCCUUUGCAGAAAAGCAUCCCCAAAGAAUGUUUCUUCCACCUCCAUGCUUCACGGUUGGGAUGGUGUUCUUGGGGUUGUACUCUUCCUUCUUCUUCCUCCAAACACGGCGAGUGGAGUUUAGACCAAAAAGCUCUAUUUUUGCCUAAUCACACCACAUGACCUUCUCCCAUUCCUCCUCUGGAUCAUCCAGAUGGUCAUUGGCAAACUUCAGACGGGCCUGGACAUGCGCUGGCUUGAUCAGGGGAACCUUGCGUGUGCUGCAGGAUUUUAAUCCAUGACGGCGUAGUGUGUUACUAAUGGUUUUCUUUGAGACUGUGGUCCCAGCUCUCUUCAGGUCAUUAUCCAGGUCCUGCCGUGUAGUUCUGGGCUGAUCCCUCACCUUCCUCAUGAUCAUUGAUGCCCCACGAGGUGAGAUCUUGCAUGGAGCCCCAGACCGAGGGUGAUUGACCGUCAUCUUGAACUUCUUCCAUUUUCUAAUAAUUGCGCCAACAGUUGUUGCCUUCUCACCAAGCUGCUUGCCUAUUGUCCUGUAGCCCAUCCCAGCCUUGUGCAGGUCUACAAUUGUAUCCCUGAUGUCCUUACACAGCUCUCUGGUCUUGGCCAUUGUGGAGAGGUUGGAGUCUGUUUGAUUGAGUGUGUGGACAGGUGUCUCUUAUACAGGUAACGAGUUCAAACAGGUGCAGUUAAUACAGGUAAUGAGUGGAGAACAGGAGGGCUUCUUGAAGAAAAACUAACAGGUCUGUGAGAGCCGGAAUUCUUACUGGUUGGAAGGUGAUCAAAUACUUAUGUCAUGCAAUAAAAUGCAAAUUAUUACUUAAAAAUCAUACAACGUGAUUUUCUGGAUUUCUUUUUUAGAUUCCAUCUCUCACAGUUGAAGUGUACCUAUGAUAUAAAUUACAGACCUCUACAUGCUUUGCAAGUAGGAAAACCUGCAAAAUCGGCAGUGUAUCAAAUACUUGUUCUCCCCACUGUAUAUUAUGAAUGGGUAAACUAAAAUGUACACAUUGAGGACCGAUGACACCUGGAAUAGUCUCCAGCCAAGAGCGAAAAUGUUCAUAUUACUGGCUCUAUUGACGUGAAACUUAAGUUCAAAGUUAUUAUUAUAAUCAAAUUGCAGAAUGAAAUCAAGCUCUUUGAAAUAUUUGAUUGUCCCAUUAUAAAUGUGAUUGUAGUGUGUGUUCAAACUGUACUGAGCCCUCUCCUCUCUUCCUCUGUGUCUUACAGACGUUGAAGCGGAAGGAGAAGGAGUACGAGCAUGAGAUGGAGAGACUGGCACGGGAGAAGAUCGCUACUCAGCAGCGAUUGGCUGAGCUGAAGAACGAGCUGAGCCAAUGGAUGAAUGUCAUGGAGAUCGACCGUGUUCUCAGACAGACGGUUCAACCAGAAGAUGACCAGGCUUCUACCUCUACUGCCUCAGGUACGCUCAAUCAAUCGAUUAAUCAAUCAGUCAAAUUAAUUUAGAAAGCCAUUUAUAAAUAAAUAAUGACACUAAACGGUUUUCACCAACUUUACAGUAACCAUAAUUGUAACGUGUACCUGGGUCUUUCUAUAAACUAGGGUACCAGUGAGGAUUUCUUACACGGAACAUGUUACAGCUGUUGAUAAGUUAUUGAUAAUAAUCUGAUAUUUUUUUUCAUGUCAUUACAUUAAACCUCUUGGAUGUAAAGCUCCAUGUUUUGGGAACCUGCGUGGUUCUGGUACCGGUUCCGACCGACAUUUUCGCUUAAAUCGAUCUGUGGACACCAUAGAUCAAAAUGGGAUGCAUUGAGCGGUAGCAUUGAUUCUCAUGGACACAGGAUUAUGUUUAUUUUAUGCCUGUGUGAAGCAGGAUGUGAAAUCUGACACCACUUGAAGCUGGGAUGUCCCUUCUACCAUUUCAUUCGCUCUUCCAACUGUCCAUCAACUCCUGGCGGAACCCUGUGUCACAGCCACUAACAAUCCAUACAUAAUAGCGCAGCAGGAGAGAGUGGUUUCGUCGCUGUAGCAUAUUCCGAGAUCGAUUUAUAGCCAGUAAUCUACAAAAAUUAAUAGAUUUUAAACAAAAAACACUUUCUGUUUGUCAUAGACGGACCAGGUUAAUAUGAGAUGAAAGGCGUGUUCCUAACGAGUUCCGGAAGCCAAGCUAGAGCUCUGUGAGACGUUCACAGAGAUGGGGGCAGACCUUUUGAUCAAGAGACCUUUAGAAAAUAUGCACAUUUCUCUAAGACUAAACAUUCAAAUAUGUAUUUUAAGGUGAAAUCUUAUGUCAUUUUAUAUUUUGAUUAUACUAUAUUUAGAAAGCAUAUGUCAUUUCAAGCCUUAUUCAUACAGUUUUGUUCAAUAGGAAAUAAAUAAUAUAACAUAUUUCAUAAUUGUAUCAUAUUUGUACUGUGCUUGAGCUUGUGUCCUCAAAAGUGACUACACCUCAGCAAUUUAUAACAUAUUUUACCAGAAAGGUGAGAUUCUGAACCUUUCUUAGAGUAUGCAGCAUUACUAGUUAUUGUUUAUGCCCCUCUCAUGAUAAAUAAUUACUUGUGUGGAUUAUGUAGAUUACAUUUUCGAUUACAUUUAACUGGUUUAAGAUCUAAGGGGGGAUCAUAGCUAUAUUCAAUUCACGAGUUGAUUUAAAACAAAUGUGUAACCCUUUAUCAUGGUUGGUGUCUUGACUGAUUUGUCCAGAAUCGUGUGACAUAAAACAUUACAACCCCUGUCUGUUGUGGACAUAAUGCCAUAAUGCAGGACAUAAUGCCAUAUGAAUAUAUGUACUUUUUUUAUUCACCACUUCAAUUCAACUACAAUGCCAUUAUAUCAGCAAUUUAUGGCAGUGUAAGUUGUCAUUGUAUCAUACACUACCGUUCAAAAGUUUGGGGACACUUAGAAAUGUCCUUGUUUUCCAUGAAAAUAUACAUGAAAUUUGUUUGAAUAGGAAAUAUAGCAAAAUGCAUAGGAAAUGUAGUCAUUGACAAGGUUAGAAAUAAUGAUUUUUAAUAUAAAUAAUAAUUGUGUCCUUCAAACUUUGCUUUAGUCAAAGAAUCCUCCAUUUGCAGCAAUUACAGCCUUGCAGACCUUUGGCAUUCUAGUUGUCAAUUUGUUGAGGUAAUCUGAAGAGAUUUCACCCCAUGCUCCCUGAAGCACCUCCCACAAAUUUGAUUGGCUUGAUGGGCACUUACGUACCAUACAGUCAAGCUGCUCCCACAACAGCUCAACAGGGUUGAUAUCCGGUGACUGUGCUGGCUACUCCAUUAUAGACAGAAUACCAGCUGACUGCUUCUUCCCUAACUAGUUCUUGCAUAGUUUGGAGCUGUGCUUUGGGUCAUUGUCCUGUUGUAGGAGGAAAUUGGCUCCAAUCAAGCGCAGUCCACAGGGUAUGGCUUGGCGUUGCAAAAUGGAGUGAUAGCCUUCCUUCUUCAAGAUCCCUUUUACCCUGUACAAAUCUCCAACUUUACCACCACCAAAGCACCCCCAGACCAUCACAUUGCCUCGAUGCUUGACAGAUGGCAUCAAGCCAUCACUCCUCCAGCAUCUUUUCAUUUAGUCGCCUCUUCACUGUUGACGUUGAGACUGGUGUUUUGCGGGUACUAUUUAAUGAAGCUGCCAGUUGAGGACCUGUGAGGCGUCUGUUUCUCAAACUAGACACUCUAAUGUAUUUGUCCUCUUGCUCAGUUGUGCACCGGGGCCUCCCACUCCUCUUUCUAUUCUGGUUAGAGCCAGUUUGCGUUGUACGAUAUCUUCAGUUUCUUGGCAAUUUCUCGCAUGGAAUAGCCUUCAUUUCUCAGAACAAGAAUAGACUGACUAGUUUCAGAAGAAAGUUCUUUGUUUCUGGCCAUUUUGAGCCUGUAAUCGAACCCACAAUUGCUGAUGCUCCAGAUACUCAACUAGUCUCAAGAAGGCCAGUUUUAUUGCUUCUUUAAUCAGCACAACAGUUUUCAGCUGUGCUAACAUAAUUGCAAAAGGGUUUUCUAAUGAUCAAUUAGCCUUUUAAAAUGAUAAACUUGGAUUAGCAAACACAACAUGCCAUUGGAACAUUUAAAUUAGACAUUGAACUUGAACCCUGUAAGAAUCCUGGAUCUAGCUGUCGGACAGUUUUUCUGUAUAGAGAUCUCAGAAAUGCAGUGUAAUUACGUAACAUUUCAUGUCUCCUUAUGCUACAGGGUGAAAACAGUUUUCAUGUUCACACAAAUCCAAAAUAAUGUAUCCAUUGCAAAAAUGUAAUGCUUCUAAGCGAAAGUCACCUUACCUUGAUACUUGACCUAAAUCGAUACUAUUAUUAACGUGGUUCUUCAAUAAUUAUGCAUAAUACUUGUUGGAUGCGCAUUUGGUGUCCAGCUAAUUACUUACUCCAUGAUAUUUACACACAUCAUCUGAUCCAGGAAAUAAUUUUCCGAAAGAUGGUCAAGUGAUGAACAGCUGUUGUGAUGGAGCAUGCAAUGCAACAACAGCCCAAGUGCUGGAAUAAAGGUGUUCGCAAGGAAUGUCCAGAAUAUUUUUGUGUCUCGUGACAUGCCGGUGAAGACCGUUGUGACUGGAUCCACAUUGGAUCUAAUAUCCCUAGCGAAUUUAUGUUGAUCAUCUGUUGUUGUCUACUUGAUUUACAGCAGGGUCUCAUUUAGAUUUUAAAGAGAAAGCAUCAAGGUAAUGAGUUUUUGUUUUUGUGCCUCGGAUUGGACACAGUCUACUGUGCGCAAUUGUGUAGGAUAGAUAAUUAUUCUGGAUAUAAUGACAGCAAAUUACAUAGCCUAGUGGGCUUAUUCAUAAUAUGAUCUGGUAAUGAAAUACAUACAUUUUGUUUUCCAUGUUAGACCUGCAAUUUUAAACAAUACAAGGGGCUUGAAGUAGACUACAUUAACUUGAAUUUGGAGUUGGCUUCAACUUGGCUUUCCAUAAAAAACCUUCCAUUAAAAAAGGAACCUGGUUUUUGGUCACUUUCUCAUUUAAAAAAAACGCGAUGGUGAGAUUCAAAUGGUGAGGUUAAUGCUACCGCUAUUCAUGGCUUUAUGUCUGCCUGCGUCGGCCACAUAGGUUACAGAAAAAUCACCAUACAUGCAUCCAAUCUAUUUAGUCAGGCAAUGGCCACAUUAUUAUUUUAGAAUGUAAUAAUAUAUUAGGCCCUAUAUGUACAAUUUAUAUAAAUUAUAAAAUUGUAUAACAUUGAGGUCCUUGACAGUUACAAUUAAGUGCUUGGAAAAAGUCCCUGAAAGUCUUUGAAUGUAACUUGCCAAUGUAUGUAUGAACCCUGCUGAAAUGAUGUAUAGUCCUAGGGCUAUGCUGUUGUAUAGGUGGAGUUAUGGGCCUGUUUGCAUAUAUUCACUUUCAUUCCUCUAAGUACACAUGUGGAACUUCAUGAAAAUCAUUUUUAUAUUAGUUUCAAACCAUUUUGAUCCCCCCCCCCAAUGUCACACAUUGGCCCCAUUUAUUUAUAGUAAGACCCACCUACACUUGUUCCUACACAGUGUUAUUUGCUUUUACAGUCGAGGGGAAAGUUAACAUGAGCCCUCUUUCUAUCUUUGUCACAGAGGGUGAAGACAUCAUGGAUGACGACAUGGAUGAUGAGAAUGUUCCGGCAUUGCCGACAGCCUUACCCACCGUGCCUCAACAAGCCAUGCAGCCCGAGUUGUACAAGACUGUGACCCCAACUCCCAUAACCCCCACCACCUCCAACCUCACCCAACACAUCUCCAUCCAACACAAGGCCCAAACGUACCCCCAGCCCCUGCUUCACCCACACCUGAUGUCAGCCCUGCCUGUAUCAGCUACGUUCUCCACCCCAACAUCCAGCAUCACCACCACCCCUAUCCAGACCCUCCUGUCGGCUCACACACACAUCGUAACCUCCCCUAGCACCCUCUUCCCGGCCCACACACACAUGGUGACCGCCCCCGCUCACACACACAUGGUAAAGGCCCCCAGCCUCCAGCCCACGGUCAUCGCCCACGGCUCGGCUUCCCACGCCUCCGUCAUCCAGGCCGUCAACCACGUCAUCCAGGCCCAGGCUUCAUCUGGAGGAGCCAAGCACAUCACCCAUUUAGCCCCCUCCUCCUCAGCCUCCAUGCAGCUGGCCCCAGGGCACCACCACCACCAGCCCAUCGGACACAUCACCGUCCACCCUGUUACCCACCUGGGCCAGCACCAUUUACCCUCCAUCUACCCCCAGCCUGUGGCUGUCACCCAGCCAGCUAUGGUGGGCCACAUCACCCAUACACUCACCCAUGCCCAGGUCAAUGGUACUGCCCCCAACCAGGGCACAACCACCAUCAUGGGAAAGCAGACGGGAGUUGGUGCCCAGGUGGUGACACAUCACCCACAGCUGCUGAACCCUGUAACUAUGGUGACCAUGCCCUCAUUCCCCGUUAGCACUCUGAAGCUAGCUUGAUCUCUGAACCAGGCCAGAGCCAUCCUGAAGCUAGCCUGAGAACCAAGUACAUGAACAGGCCACACCCACCCUGAGCUGGCCAGAGUCGGGCCGAAGUCGGAGACAGACCUCCAGACCUGAAGACCAUCGGCCCCAGAGCAGACCAGCCGGACAGGAGCCAGCCCAGAGCCAGAACCAGCCCAGACUCCGAGCCCAGGGCGACUGAGGCAGGCCCAGAGCGAGGCAGGCACCAGGACUACUGUACUGACAAACAAACGUAAAAGUCUUCAUACUGAACGCAAGACGCAGUCCUCAUAUUCACUGAUGAUUCACAAACUGCAUUAUUAACUAACCAGUUGUCUAUAAGAAGUAACUCAGAACAUUCCAAAAAAUAAACUAUAAAAAACGUACAUUAAAUUAUAUAAAUAUAUAUUUAUAAUGGUUAUGAGAGGUGAAUGACAGCCGAUGUUGUUGUUGUUUGGCUGAGUAUGAUGUCCAGGAGGAUCAUCUUGAUGGUGUGUGAUAUUGUAUAUGAUGCAGUGGAGAGAAUCACAUGAAGACAUUUUCUCUGUCCCUCCUCCGUGUUCAUAUCUACAGAAGCAAAACAGUAGCUAAUAGUGAGAAAAGGGCGUCAUCCAAUGUCGAAGGCAGUCAGACCUGCAUAUUUUCACUCAAGACCGGUUUUUAUAUUUCUGUAACAGGGUCAUGUAUUCCACAGCCAAGAUAAUUUACAAACCACACUAAUGACUGGUGGUGCCACUAUUAACUCUUAUGAAAGCACCAAGAUAUUAUAUUUAACUGAAGUCUUCCACUGAUGCCAGGCCCUAUAUCUACAAAUCAUCUGAGUAGGAGUGCUCAUCUAGGAUCUGUCCAUAUAAUCUUAUUCUUUAUGAUUUAAAAGGCUAAACUGAUCCUAGAUCAUCACUCCUACUCUGAGAUGCUUUGUGGAUACGGGCCCUGUGACCAUUCAGA